AUGAGAUUCUCUCUUCUCAUUUUCUCAACUUUCGCUGUAUUCACUCAGGGUUGUAGUCAGUCGGGAGGAUGCUGCAAAAGUAGAACUCCACCUCCAGUAACAUGCGGACAAUCCCAAUGUCAACAAGGUUACGGAUGUGGUCAGUAUGGUUGUGCGAGAAGAAAGGCUUUUGGAGGAUUGACGAGAAGGAUCGAUGGAGUUUUGGUGAACGAUGAAGUACAUGAACAAGCUGAAUUGGCAGAAGCUAGUUCCGCAUUGAGACCGCAUGAGGUUUCUAAAAAUGUUAGUAUCGAACGGUUGAUGAAUCCUAACUUUAUAUUCCGUUCGUGCUGUGAAGCCAGAGGACUUCCGGAUUCAUGUUUGAGGCAUUGUCAUUUCAAUACAUACACGUUUACUACGAUAGAAGCAAUGUUCAACAAAGUCGACAAAUGUCCCAUUGAAGCUAUUAAUGAGAUUCAUUACUGUGCUGCUCAAGGAAUAGAUCAUCGAGAGUGUUGCAAUUCAAAUGGAAUCUCCAAUACUGCAGCUGGACAAAAAUGUCUUUCAUUUUGUGAUCAAAGACCUAAUCGCUUCACUCCAAUCGAUGCAUCCUAUCUUCCUUGCUAUGAAGUUUUCGAAGGAAUGAAACAAUGCUUCUAUCAAGAAAUCAGAAUUCGUGCCCAAAAAAAAUUCAAGCAUUCUGAGAAAUAUGAUUUUGCUCUUUCCCUACACUGA